CACAAAUGCUACACAAAAGUGCGCGUUACAAAUUCCGCAAUACGUACACAAUUUGUAUUUACGCCUUAAACAACGAUAUAAAGAUACUUGAAUAUAACAAAAUCCAAUUUUAAAUAUCCCAUUAAAAGUGUUUAAUUCACCCAAUAGUUAGUUACAACUUACAAGUGCAAAAUAAAGAUAAACUUUUGAUAAUAGAAUUGUUGUUUGGCGCAUCCUCGGUUGCCCAUUGAGUGCUGCUGCACUCUCGUGUGAAAACAAAAACAUAAUCAUUAAAUUUCAAGCUCAACUGCGUAGUAGACAAAGUAAUGCUUUAAAUUGUUAAUAAUCUAUAAAGAAAAUUGAAAGUGCAACAACAACAUUCUCUUUGGGAAAUUUAAAAGAGUGUAGCAUAAAUGCACUGAACUGAACUGCAAGGAACUGCAAAUCUGAGAACCUGAGAACCGCAAGGAACAGCCACCGCUCGUAAAUAAUUGAAGACAAUCCGCUUAAAAUGCAAGCUCAAUUUAUGUAAAAAGACAACCAGAAAGGAAUUGCACAAGAACUUCAAAUAUGUCGAAUUUGCUGAACAUGGACAAAUCAAAUGGGAAUGGAGUCUAUGCCACAGGCAGUUGCCACACGGAUAAUGCAGCUGCCACAACAGCACUAACAACAACAACAACCAGCACAUCAACAGCGAAUAAUAUAAACAUUAUGAAUGGCGCCGCAGCCGUUGCAGCUGCUGCAGCAGCCGCCACGUUACCCACAUCCGCCUCAAGCGAGGAUCUCAGUCAGAGCCUGUCCGAGUACACAGAUGCCGAUGAGAGCAUAUCAGCGCCGACAGAAUUUCUCGCCGAGUUUCUGUCGGCAGUCAUGCUCAAGGACUACAAGAAGGCUUUGAAAUACUGCAAAUUGAUUCUGCAAUACGAGCCGAACAAUGGCACGGCCAAAGAGUUCUAUCCCCUCAUCUUGGACAAGCUGCGCGUGGCCGCAUCAAGUGACAGCGACGAGAACUACAAUAAAUCAUCAUCACCUGAGCUGGCUUUGGAUCUAGAGCAGCCCUGCGAGGAUAGCGUUAGCAGCCACAGCAGCAGUCGCAACAAUUGCUCCGAUGAGGACAACGAUGAUGAAGCGAAUGACGACGAUGAGGAGGAUGACGACGACAAUGAUGAUGAUGACGAUGAUGUUGAUGUUGAUGAGGACGAUGACGUGGACAUUGAGGAUGACGAUGACAUCGAUGUGGUCGACGUGGAGGAAGAGGAGAGCAGCAGUGGCGAUGAUUACGAGCUGCCCAUAGACGAGCAACAAGAUGUCGCUGCAGUCCAAGAUGGCCUGGCAGCUCAUGCAUCACAUUCCCACUCACACUCCCACAAUGAUUCCGGCUCAUCACGCAAUUCAUCGAGUGGCGGUGGCGGCGGGCGAAGCGACAAUACAACGCACUCGUAUUCCAGUCUGCUGCUGGAGGAGGAGGACGACAUUGUGCCAGUGAAUUUGCAAUUUGGCAGCAAGGAUGCAAGUGCAACAGAUCUGGACAUCAGUAAUGGCAACAAGGUGAUCUCCGCUUCCUGCAGCGAUUCAGAGUCACCCACAGAGCCGCUGACACAAAGAUUGGCAGCCAUUCUGCGCUCCAAGUGCGGCGUCUCUUCCCGCAAAGCUGGCGAUGAUAACGAGCCCUACUGAGGCGCAUCUUUUAUCAGCAAUUUAGUUUAUAGCGAAUAUUACUCAUACGCAUAUAUGGAUGAGUACUAUAUACACAACACAACUACAAUAUAUUCUUGUACUUGAGCGAACAGUUUAUAAUUCCUUUUGCCCAACUAGUUUUCAACUAGUGCAUAUUCGCUUUACGAACCUAGAAACCGUCCCUAACAGCAUACAAUAUUAUACUUAUAUACUUACUACGACUAUAUUUCCAAUUACUUACAUUCUUUUUUUCUCUUUUUGGUUCCACAAACAAAUUCCCUAGACAAACAUAUCGUACAAACUUAAUAGGUAUAUACUAUAUAUAUAGUACUUCUAGUAGUCAUACUUGUGUAUUGCGUAUGUAAAAAAUGUAUAAUCAACAAUUACUGAAAUAUAAACAACAAAAGAAAUGCUCCAUUUGUUAUACGAGAGAGCUGCAAUAAUAAUAUAUAUGAUAUAUACAAAUAUAUAUACUAUAUAAAUAUAUAUAUAUAUAUGAAUUGUAUAACAGAAUCUAUUUUAGUAAGACGCACAGGACUUGGCAUAUUGUUGGAAAACUUUACACAUUUAGCAUUUUAUAGUGGACGAUUUUUUUCCAGACAGUUUAUAACAUACCGUGUACUUAGUAAUAAUUUAGUAAACGAAGGCGAGAUUGGAUAAGUCUGAUAUUGUGGCAAUGGGGGCAAGAAGUAAAACUACAACUGAAAUGGUCCAAAAAGUCUAAAAAAAAAAACUACGUAGAACGAAAACAUAAAUACAUUUUUUGAUUUUUUAAUAAGCAAGCUCACAUCGUAUACAUUUCGAAAUGAAUUAUCUUAAUAACGCUCUUGGGCGACAAAUACAUAUUUGAUUAACUACGUUAAUUCAUGAGAACUUUGAAAAUUAUGUAUAGUAAUUAAAAAGUAUAUUUAAUUUAGUUCUAUUUAAAAAAAAAACUCAUGUAUUUAAAUUAUAUUCGAAUUGUAUUGUAUCUAUCAUUAGAAGUUGUAAUAAAGAAAGA